GUGAAGUCGUGGCCCGUUAGCAGGAAGCCGAGCAGUCGCCCGGACGCUAGAGAGGGACCCGGUCCGAGACCCCGGCCCGCGGAGUCCUAACCGUGUGUACUGCGUGCUCAACGCUGUCCGACAGUUCCCAGCCAAACUUCGCCAACUCCGCCGCCUUUGCUGCCACCAUGCCUAAGACGAUCAGUGUGCGUGUAACCACCAUGGAUGCAGAGCUGGAGUUUGCCAUCCAGCCCAACACCACUGGCAAGCAGUUGUUUGACCAGGUGGUGAAAACUAUUGGCCUGAGGGAAGUUUGGUUCUUUGGUCUACAGUACCAGGACACUAAGGGUUUCUCCACUUGGCUGAAACUCAAUAAGAAGGUGACUGCCCAGGAUGUGCGGAAGGAAAGCCCUCUGCUCUUCAAGUUCCGGGCCAAGUUCUACCCUGAGGAUGUAUCUGAGGAAUUGAUCCAGGACAUCACCCAGCGCCUGUUCUUUCUGCAAGUGAAGGAGGGCAUUCUCAAUGAUGAUAUGUAUUGCCCACCUGAGACUGCUGUGCUGCUGGCCUCCUAUGCUGUCCAGUCCAAAUACGGCGACUUCAAUAAAGAGGUGCACAAGUCUGGCUACCUGGCCGGAGACAAGUUGCUGCCACAGAGAGUCCUGGAGCAGCAUAAACUCAACAAGGACCAGUGGGAGGAGAGGAUCCAGGUGUGGCAUGAAGAACACCGGGGCAUGCUCAGGGAGGAUGCUGUCCUGGAAUAUCUGAAGAUUGCUCAAGACCUGGAGAUGUAUGGUGUGAACUACUUUAGCAUCAAGAACAAGAAAGGCUCAGAGCUGUGGCUGGGGGUGGAUGCCCUGGGUCUCAACAUCUAUGAGCAGAAUGACAGACUGACUCCUAAGAUAGGCUUCCCCUGGAGUGAAAUCAGGAACAUCUCUUUCAAUGAUAAGAAAUUUGUCAUCAAGCCUAUUGACAAAAAAGCCCCGGACUUUGUCUUCUAUGCUCCCCGGCUGCGGAUUAACAAGCGGAUCUUGGCCUUGUGCAUGGGGAACCAUGAGCUGUACAUGCGCCGCCGUAAGCCUGACACCAUUGAGGUGCAGCAGAUGAAGGCACAGGCACGGGAGGAUAAGCACCAGAAACAGAUGGAGCGUGCUUUGCUGGAAAAUGAGAAGAAGAAGCGUGAGAUGGCAGAAAAAGAGAAGGAGAAGAUUGAACGGGAGAAGGAGGAACUGAUGGAGCGGCUGAAACAGAUCGAGGAACAGACUAAGAAGGCUCAGCAGGAACUGGAAGAACAGACCCGCAGGGCCCUGGAACUUGAGCAGGAACGGAAGCGUGCCCAGAGUGAGGCCGAAAAGCUGGCCAAAGAGCGUCAGGAAGCCGAAGAGGCCAAGGAGGCCCUUCUGCAGGCCUCCCGGGACCAGAAGAAGAACCAGGAACAGCUGGCCUUGGAAAUGGCAGAGCUGACAGCUCGGAUCUCCCAGCUGGAGAUGGCCCGACAGAAGAAGGAGAGUGAGGCUGUGGAAUGGCAGCAGAAGGCCCAGAUGGUACAGGAAGACUUGGAGAAGACCCGUGCUGAGCUGAAGACUGCCAUGAGUACACCUCAUGUGGCAGAGCCUGCUGAGAAUGAGCAGGAUGAGCAGGAUGAGAAUGGGGCAGAAGCCAGUGCUGACCUGCGGGCCGACGCUAUGGCCAAGGACCGCAGUGAGGAGGAACGUACCACUGAGGCAGAGAAGAAUGAGCGUGUGCAGAAGCACCUGAAGGCCCUCACUUCAGAGCUGGCCAAUGCCCGUGAUGAGUCGAAGAAGACCACCAAUGACAUGAUCCAUGCUGAGAACAUGCGACUGGGCCGAGACAAAUACAAGACCCUGCGCCAGAUCCGGCAGGGCAACACCAAGCAGCGCAUUGAUGAGUUUGAGUCCAUGUAAUAGGCACCCAGCCUUUAGGAACCCCUCCUCCCUUUGUUCCUUGCCCCUACACUCCUAUACCCUUGUCUGACUCACACUGUGCUGGAGCCACUAACUAGAGCAGCCCUGGAAUCAUGCCAAGCAUUCAGUGCAGUCAUAGGACCAAACCUAGCCCCUCAGUCCUCACUCACUUCCUUUGGCAGAUAAAUGGCCCACUGUGGUGCCAAUGCAACCCCCUUUGCCCUCUCUGUCCCAUUUAGUCUAGCUUGCUAGAAUAGGCCACUGCCCCAGCUCUGAGCCUCUUCCCACUUGAUUUGGCAAACACCACCACACUUACUGUUGUCCUACAAGAGUCAUGCGCAGAGUAGGUUGAAUGCUAGCCAACCCCCUCCCCUACUCCACCCUGUCACCACACCACCAUUGCCUUCUGCUUCAGGGUCCUGUGAUUUGUAGGGUGGAGUAUCAAAGGAGGCAGGAUUCCGGAUAUCAGCUGUAGGAUAUCGGCUGACCUAGGAUUUGCCCUCCCAGUGCCUAUCCAUUAUUUAGGCUUUGUAAUGAUUGGAGGAUAAAGAGAUGUUUAGUCAUUCUUGUUUCUACCUCCCAGAUUGGGCCUGUUACAAACUCAGUCUCAAUAAGCCUUGUUCCUGAGUUCAGGGACUCAGUUUCUCCCCAGGGUGGGAUGAGGGAGACAGUGCUUUAAAGAGGCUUCACCAAAAUCCUAGAAGGCCAUUGGCCCUCCUAUUCAGGCAAAGCUGGGCAGAAGAUCCUGCCCCAGUGCGUUACAGGAGCCUAGGCCUGUCUUAAGUGAGCUCUGGGCAGAGAUACCCUCUACUUAUUAUUCCAGGUCCCUGAUCCCUUUUUGAGAUCUGCCCCUCCCCCUACAAUCCCCAAAUCCUCUCCAGUUAGAAGAGUAGGGAUGAGUAAGUAGCCAAAGGCUAAGCCAGCCCCAUCCGGGAUUCUUGCCAAAAGGGAGGAAAUGUUCACACCUGGCUUCAGUAUUUUCUCUGCCAGGGGUUCUGGGCCACUUCCCCCAUAGAGCUAUUUGGGCCACAGCUCCUGCUUCUCUGCCAUCUGGGCCUUGGUAUGGUGAGCCCCAGAGCUUGAUGCCAGUAGGCUCAAUUGGGGAGUGGGUCAAAGAAGCUGAGUGUGGUGAGAGAAGCCCAAGCCCGUGAUCCUGCAGUUUAUUUAACCCUCUCAGGUGCCCAAAAGCCCCUUCCCAUCACUCUCCUCCAAGGUGGCUAUGCCUCUGUUUGACAAGCCUUUAACCCAGGUCUUACCACCAGCUGUGCUGUCCCUUGGAGCUGUAAAUCAGAGAGCUGCUGGGGAUUCUGGCCUGAUCCCUUAGACACCCCUAUCACUUGUUCUGAACCCCAGGAGCAGCCUUUUUCUCUCUGUUUCAUGUAUGCUCUUUUUCUUCCUACCAGUAUUAUAUAUUCUAGUGAUAUAUAACUCAGUAUUGAUUUCUGCCUUUCUUGCUAAUGCACCAUUAGAAAAUGUUAGUCUUGGGGCAGGAUCAUUUUGGCCUCAUUCCUUUACCACCCCAUACCUGGGAAGCAUAUACUAUAUUAUAAAAGGAUAUUUUGCCUGAAACAUUAAUGUAAGAAGCUUUCAGUAUUAGUGAUGUCACCUGUCACUAUAGGUCAUACAAUCCAUUCUUAAAGUACUUGGUAUUUGGUUUUAUUGUUUCUGUUUUCCUUCUCCUCAGAGUUCAGUCCCCAAGGGGCCAUUCUGUCCCUCCAUGCAGUGUCCCUAGCCCAGAGCCUCCCUCAAUCCCUCUUCCACCUGACCUUGGGGAGUCUUGUGUGCAUUGCUGUGAAUUAUAUUGACACUGACUUGGCAACAUGCUCUAUAUUGGCUAAAUUCAAACCUGGAAUUGUGGGACAAUCUAGCUGUAUUAAGGGCGGUAACCCACCUCCAGGGAGGUUGAGGAGAAAGGUUAGAUUUUGUAUUCAGGAUUUUUUGUGUGUGUAUUUUUUUUUCUUAAUUUUUUUUUUUUUUUUUUUUUUUUUUUUGGAGGGGUUUAUGCUCAACCCGUGUUCUAUUUCAGUGCCAAUAAAA